GUGUUAUUCCACAAACUCUUUCAGGAAAGCCCAAGGUGUAUCAAGGUGUUAGAGUGAAGAUUACAGUCAAGGAGUUACUGCAGCAGAGAAGAGCAAGACAAGCAGCAACUCAAUGCAGCCACUCUGCAUCUGGUGCACCUCUUGAAGCAGAACCCAUUCCUUCUGUCCCCAACUGCUGCCCAUCCUGGCAGUUUCCCAACUGCCUCUCCUGUGAAGAAAGCCCCAGCUAUCUGGAGCAGCUCCUAGAUUCCUGUCUGCAGUCAGAUGCAGCCUCAGAUCCUGCCUUCAGUGCUUUCCAGCCAUCCUCACACUACAGCUCAGACACCUUCCAGCCAGUCUCUCUCUGCUUUAACCAGGGCAUGCUGUCUCCUCUGACCCCACUGCCCCCAAGUCCUCCCUCUGCCCUGGACACCACAAGCUACAGCUGCCCCAUGGAGGAAUGGGCCUGCCUUGCCCCCUGCCCCUUUCCCAGCCCUUCCUGCUGCUGCACAGCCUGUGUCUCCCAGCACAUGGACAGCAGGGGCCCACAGUACUUCCCCUGCCCCAGCACGGACUGCAUGGACUACCUGCCCCCCCUGGCCAUGGCUGAUGAUUUCUUCCGAAGGGAUAGGAGCUGUGACAUCUGCUACAGCUAA